AUGAAUCGCUUCUCCUUCUUUGUGGCGGUGUUUCUUUUAUGUGUUGUAAAUACAUAUGCUGUCAAAGUUGUGGAUGUUAAUUCUAUUUGCAAGAAUGUUGUCAACCCUCCUUUUUGUUUAAAAUUUCUGAAAUUAAAACAGGGUGUAGAUCUCGUUACCCUUGCUCAAUACACAAUUAAUGUGGCACGUAUUAAAGCAACUAGCAUAGUUAAUCUAACCACAACACUAAUUUCUCAAGGUGAUAUCGGUGUUGUGGCGAAAGCUCAUUAUGAGAUUUGUUUGGAAUAUUUUGGGUCGAGUGGUGCUCUUCGUGAGCUUAAGUAUGCUGAGGAAUACUUAAAGGGUGGAGAUUAUUUUUCACUAAAAGAACAAGUACGUUAUCUCAUAAAUGAUUAUGCAAAUUGUGUUUCCACGGAAUCAUCAUCACGUGAUGAACCUUUUGAUGACAAAACUAGGAUACCAAAAUGGGCUGAAUCUAUCAAGGAUUUUGCUUUUAUUUUGAUUAGCAUAUCAGAUUUUUUGUUAAAAAAGUAA